AUGGUCACUUUUUCACUUAAAAAUAUGGGGCUUCCUUUGCUUGCCGUCAUUUUUUUCACGGUAGCGGCUGUUGAGAGUUCAAAUAAUAAAAAAAAGGACUCAAUCCGAAACCAGAAUUCUUUAAUAAAAAAUAUGGAAUAUGGAUUGUACAUGCUGCAAAAUAUGAACGCGAGUGUGGAUCCUUGUGACAAUUUUUACGAAUUUGCUUGUGGUGAUGCUGAUGAUAAAUCCAAUAAAUAUUAUGAUAAAGCAGAUAAUGACAUGGAUAGAAGGAUCGAAAUUUUGAUAACUGAUUCCCAUCGGUCAUUUAAAUUUGAACCUUUUAAAUUCAUAAGUGAUUAUUAUUACUCUUGCAAAAAUCUUAAGAAAAACCAUGAUGAUACGGAGUUAUUAAAUGAACUAAUAUCAAAAUUGGGCGGAUGGCCAGUCCUUGAAGGAGAUAAGUGGGAUGAUACUGAUUUUAAUUGGGAAAAGUAUGUCGAAAAAGCAAUAAGUAUUGGCAUAGUCGUUGAUGAUUUUUAUAACUUAAAUACCGAUUUGGAUGAAGGAGUUGUAAAAUUCGAAUUAGAUCCACCGGUGUCAAGAGAUUCAGAAAGUGAUCUAUCAAACAACAAACUAUCAAAUGCUUACUUCAAAUUCAUGUCUGAUGUCGCAAUAUUCCUUGGGGCUGAUAUAGACCAAACUAAAGAGCUUAAAUUAUCAUUAGAGUUCGGGCAUGAUAUUAAUACACUUUAUUACAGUAAAGUCUAUAAUGAAGAUGAUUAUAAUCCGGUGGAGAUGUCAGUGAAAGAAAUGAUAGAGAAAUGGCCCAGUAUAGACUGGAUAAGAUCUUUAAGUUCUAACACAAAGCCGUACUAUAAUUUUACAAAUGAAACAAAUGUUCAUAUAGAGUUUCCAAAUUUCAUCACUCACUUUGAGAAAUUGUUAAAUAGAACGCCUAAAAGAGUUCAAGCCAAUUACUUGGUUUGGAAUUUCAUCGAGCUUGCGAUUAGGUUUAUAAAUUCGAAAACGCUUUGGGACUAUAGUCAGACUUAUAAAAAAAUUAGAUAUUCUUAUACAACUAAAAUUGAUCAAAUUGAUUGCAAGGAACUUGUUAAAACUGAUUUGAAUCCUCUUCUGCAGGCUUAUUAUAUUCGGGAGUAUCCAGUUGAAGAGCGUACUAAAAGUGAGUUUCAUGCGAUUUAUUCAAAUGUGAAGAAUAAAUUUAUUGAAAUUGUUAAUUCUUCAAAAUGGCUCGAUAGCAACACUAAAAUUGAAAUCAUUGAUAAAGUAGCCUCUAUUCAAACGGUUAUUGGUUAUCCAGAUGAAUUACUCAACGAUGAUCAAUUGAAAAAUUACUUUGAAGGUCUUGAGAUUACUCGAGAUAAUUUUUAUAAAAAUUAUCUCAAUGCGAAAUUGUUUGAAAAAAAAAUAAUAAACUUUCAAACAUUCAACAAAGUAAGUUCUGUUAAAACUGGUGUUGAUUUAUUUACAUUCAUGUACGAGGAACCCAACAAUGCCAUGUAUGAUAUAUUCGAUAAUUUCAUGAGCGUGUCAAUUGAAUUACUCAGGAAUUACUUUUUUGAUGUUGAACGUUUCAAUUACUUAAAUUAUGGUGUAAUCGGUGGAAUCAUCGGUCAUGAAUUAAGUCAUGCUGUAGAUAGCGAAAAUAGACUUUUGAAAAAGACUGGGUUAAGAUAUAAAUGGAGUCAUUUAUCGAAUGAUGAAUAUCAAAAGAAGGAGACUUGUAUGAUCAAUCAAUAUAAAAUAAACUAUCCUACAGAAAAUGAAAUUGAGCUCAAAGCUGCAAAAUACUUAAGUGAAAAUAUUGCGGAUAAUAUUGGAACAAAAAUAGCUUACUUGGCUUACCAAGAUUGGAUCGCUAUAAAUGGUCAUGAGCCAAAUUUACCCGGAUUGUCGUAUACACCCAAUCAAUUAUUCUGGAUAUCAUUCGCUAAUCAAUGGUGUCAACCAAAAUCUGUACUGUCAAAUUGGGACGACGACGAUCAUGCUUCUGAUGAUAAACGAGUGAUUGGAACUGUGUCAAACAGCAUUGAGUUUUCAAAAGAUUUCAAUUGUCCCGUUGGAUCUAACAUGAAUCCUUCAAACAAGUGUAUUUUCUUUUGA